AUGUCUGGAUUUCGUCUGAUUGAUAUCGUUAAGCCUAUCCUACCGAUUUUACCGGAAGUUGAGUUACCUUUUGAAAAAUUACCAUUCGAUGAUAAGAUUGUGUAUACCAUCUUUGCUGGGUUAAUUUACCUUUUUGCACAGUUCCCCCUCGUUGGCUUGCCCAAAUCUGCGACCCCUAACGUCAAUGAUCCCAUUUAUUUUCUAAGAGGUGUCUUUGGUUGUGAACCAAGAACCUUGUUGGAGUUUGGGCUUUUUCCUAAUGUUUCCAGUGGUUUGAUCUUACAAUUAUUGGCCGGUUUGAAAGUAAUCAAAGUCAACUUCAAGGUCCAGAGUGAUAGGGAAUUGUUUCAGACGUUGACAAAAGUUUUUGCCAUCGUCCAGUAUGUUAUUUUGACCAACAUUUUCAUUUUUGCUGGAUAUUUUGGGGAAGAUCUAUCUAUUGUACAAAUUGGAUUGAUCAACUUUCAGUUGGUCGGUGCUGGUAUAUUCACUACUUUGUUAGCUGAAGUCAUCGAUAAGGGGUUCGGAUUUUCCUCUGGUGCUAUGAUAAUUAAUACCGUGGUAAUCGCUACCAACUUGGUUGCUGAUACCUUCGGUGUUUCUCAAAUUAAAGUUGGCGAAGAUGAUCAAACCGAAGCCCAAGGUGCCGUAAUCAAUCUGAUUCAAGGUUUCAGAUCUAAGCAUAAGACAUUUAUCGGUGGUAUUAUCUCAGCAUUUAACAGGGACUAUUUGCCAAAUUUGACAACUACUAUUAUUGUCCUGGCAAUUGCCAUUAUUGUGUGCUAUUUGCAAAGUGUUCGUGUUGAACUGCCUAUUAGAUCAACGAGAGCUCGUGGCACAAACAAUGUGUAUCCUAUUAAGCUAUUGUACACUGGUUGUUUGUCUGUCCUGUUCUCCUACACCAUCUUGUUUUACAUCCACAUUUUUUCUUUUGUUUUAAUUCAACUGGUCGCAAAAAAUGAACCAACUCACAUCAUCUGCAAAAUAAUGGGUCAUUAUGAGAAUGCUAAUAAUCUUUUAGCAAUUCCAACCUUUCCAUUAUCUCUAUUGACUCCACCAACCUCUUUUUUCAAAGGUAUAACUCAGCAACCAUUGACCUUCAUCACGUAUUCUACCUUUAUAAUGGUUACCGGUAUUUGGUUUGCUGACAAAUGGCAAGCUAUCUCUGGCUCCUCUGCUCGUGAUGUAGCCUUAGAAUUCAAAGAUCAAGGUAUCACUUUGAUGGGACGCAGAGAACAAAAUAUUGCUAAAGAAUUAAACAAGGUUAUCCCAGUUGCAGCCGUUACGGGUGCAUCCGUGUUAAGUUUGAUCACCGUUAUUGGUGAAUCUUUGGGGUUGAAAGGUAAGGCCGCUGGUAUAGUUGUUGGUAUUGCCGGAGGUUUUUCUUUGUUAGAAAUCAUAACCAUUGAAUAUCAACAAAGUGGUGGCCAAAGCGCUUUGAACCAAGUUUUGGGUGUUCCAGGUGCUAUGUAA